AUGGGCCCCUGUACCGCCUCCCCAUGCUGCUGCCAGGCCCGUAAUCUGCCAUGGGCCCCUGUACCGACUCCUCAUGCUGCUGCCAGGCCCGUAAUCUGUCAUGGGCCCCUGUACCGCCUCCUCAUGCUGCUGCCAGGUCCAGAGUGUGUCAUGGGUCCCUGUACGGCCUCCCAUUGCUGCUGUCUCUAUCGCCACACUCUGCCAUGUGCCACUUUCAGGUCUCCUCACACUGCUGGUGGUUUCCAUUUUUGUCAUAGGGUGCUGUAUGGCCUCCCAUUGCUGCUGCCUCCACCGCCACACUGUGGCUCCACACUCUGGUUUUGGCCCCGUGACUGCCCAAAUGAGUGAAGUGUGCGGUGAUUCUAAGAUCGACGGCACUCAUCUGCAUGUCAUACUGACUGACAGUAUUAUUUCUCUUCCCCAGCAGACUCCAAGGGCAUUUAAAUUAAAGGUACAGUGUUCUGCACUAUAGAA